AUGUCACUGUUUGGGCCAGCUCCCAAGAAAUCUAAAAAAAUCUCUUUAAAUGAGUUUCUAGGUGAUAGCACGUUGGGGUCAUGGGCGGACGAAAUGGAAUCCCUCCCUAAUGCUCCGGCACCUAGAAUUGAAGAGGAAUCUUCCGGGGACCGAUAUGGCAGAAGAGACGAUUUUUUGAGCUCACGACGCAACGCACCUCCUAGAGAAGAUGUUCCUUUACCAACUCAGCCUCCUUUUACUGCGUUUGUGGGCAACCUCGCUUUUGAUUUGACGGAGUCGGAAUUGGAGUCUUUUUUCUCCGGUAUUAAGACGAAAUCCGUCAAAAUCAUCAGAGAUAAGGAUGAAAAGCCGAAGGGUUUUGGGUACAUUGAGUUCGAAGAUUUAGAUGGCUUAAAGGAGGCGCUGGGAAAAACCGGUUCGAAUUUUUCUGGUAGAACAAUUCGUGUCAGUGUCGCGGAGCCACCCAAAGAAAGAGGGUUUGGGGCAGCCUCAGAAGACAAUGCCAAAUUUGACAAUCCAUGGCGUAGGGAUGGCCCACUUCCAGAUCUCCCUAAUUCACGAGACGCUUCCAGACGUCGAUUUGACGGACCAUCUGGUGAUAGGCAUGGCGGCCCCGGCGCCGACCGACAACCACCCAGCGUGUCGGACAAUGUUGAUCAAUGGCGCUCUAACCGUCCACCGAGGGUUGCUGAGGCCGAUCCUCCACCUUUCAAGCGUAAAGGCUCAGGUUUCCUUACCCCCGAAGCUCAGUCUGGAGCUGCCGAUAAAGAAGAAACAUGGACUAUUGGUGCUAAAUUCAAGGCGUCUUCAAAUGGACCACACGAAGAUUCUUCCACUAGGUCAUCCACGCAUAGAGUAAGGAAUGAUAUGGGUCCUCCAAAAGAGACUCAUGCAGAUGAGGGUGACUGGAGAAGCUCUGCCCGUGGCCCCAAAGGCGUCUCCCCUAACAACUCGACGCCACCAACCCCCCAGUUAGCGCGCAAAAAAUUAGAACUCUUGCCUAGGUCUGGAAGUGCAUCUGUUUCUCCCAGUCCUUUGUCAUCUCCCAAGAUGGGGCCUACUCCUCCCACGUCAGGCAACCCAAAAUCAAACCCUUUUGGCGCUGCGCGCCCUGUUGAUGUCAGUAGCCGUGACAAGGAAGUGGCCGAACGGCUUGAGCGGGAACGUGAGGCACACCAAGAAAAGUUUUCUAUGUCGAGAUCGACUUCUCGCACCGGUAUCGAGAGAAGCCAGCUGAGCCGACCUCAAACCCCUCCUGUAAAUGCAACCUCACAGCCGAAAGCAUCUGUUGCUAAGCCACCCGCCCCGUCAUUGGUACCCAAUGUCCGUCCAACUCUGAGCUUUGCCAACGCUGCUGCCAAAAAAGAACCUGUUCCUCGAAAGGGUGCAGAGGUGGAGCGGACUUCGGAUAAUGCUGAACACACAGAAGAAGCUACCAAGGCAUCUGCGUAG